AACAGCAAAGUCAUGCUUCAACUGAAAACAAUAACAAAACUCCUCAAACAAUCGCUUAAACCAAUACCACAACAGAAUGAAUCACUAGCACAACCGCUUGCAGUUUCCCUCCUCUCGCCAGAGGGAAUACCACUCGUGACAAGCACAAACACACCAUCGAUCCUCACCAACGACACCAUCAAAAUAUACAGUCUUAUUGCCCGUCAUUCGCUUGUUUCCGGAUGGACAAUUGUUCAAUUUGAAGACGGAAUCAAGGGGAUUGUAUCCACGAUAGAUUGUGGUCGGGUCGAUACAGGUGCUAGUGAUGCGCAUAUCGAAAUCAUUCCUGGUUCGAUUACAGACGAUAUAGAACAUGACGAGGAUAAGCGAGACGAUGUCUUGUUUGUGGUAUUGUUUUACGAUAGUACCGUAACUGAUGCUGUGGCCAAGGUCAAGAUUGAUUCCUUGGUGGGAGCACUCAACGACGGGUUGAAGGGAUAUUUGCGGAGUUGAAAGCUACAUAGACCAGUUUAUAAAUAAUACUUUAUUAGCAGUAAUAAAACUAUUCAUGAAA